UCCCUUCCCUGGUCCGUUCUUCGAAGCCCCGCCCGGACUUGGAACGGCUCACAGGCCUCAAGUUCUGUUGAGGCUUCACACCGUCUGUCCUGUUGCCCUCAUCCCCUCCCCGAGGAGCGUCAUCCAGAGUAAACAUGUCUGAAGACCAGAGCGGAGGCCCCAGCCCCAGAGAGCCCCUCGGGCGGUGCUAUGAAGCGCAGCGGGACUUGGAGCACGCCAUCAGCGGAGUCCUCCUGGCCGAGCAUCACCUCAAGGACAACCUGAGAGAGGUUAAAGCUCAGAUCCACAGCUGCAUAAGCCGUCACUUGGAGUGCCUGCGCAGCCGCGAAGUCUGGCUGAAUGAACAGGUCGACCUCAUCUAUCAGCUCAAAGAAGAAACACUUCAACAACAAGUCCAGCAACUCUCCUGGCUGUUGGGCCAGUUCAACUGCCUGAUUCACCAGCUGGAAUACACCCGCAAUAAGGAUCUGGCCAACCAGGUCUCCGUUUGCCUGGAGAGGCUGGGCAGUUUGACCCUCAAGCCAGAAGAUUCAGCCAUUCUCCUGUUCGAGGCGGACACGACCUCUCUGCGUCAGGCCAUCACGUCUUUUGGGGCUCUGAAGACCACGCAAAUUCCUGAACCUAAAAUGAUCCAUGCUGCAGCAGCACCUCUUGGGCCCAUUGUUCCACAGAUGUGCGCGGCCAGACCGGAGCAGGUUCUGUCUUCCGCGCCCCUGGCCCCCCUGCUUAACGAUUGGCUCCUCGGUGGCCGCCCCGCUCCCGCUCACCAGGCUCCGGGCUUGCCCAGCUCUGACCUCCGGGACUGGCUCAGCAAGAAGCAAGGCGUGGUGAGCAACCAGGGCCCCGGUACCUCCAAAACUUGCAGUUUCAACAUCGGCAAUAUCUGGGGCAACCUGAAGGGCUUGGAAAACUGGCUGCACAAGAGUCAGCAGCGAGACCUCGCCGAGAAAGCCGGUCCCCCGAGGCGCCACAGCUGCGCUUCUACCACCGGCUCCUCCUCCGUCGAGACGGAGCACGUGGAAGCCCCGGAGCCGGAGCGGGACGAAGCGGACCUCUCCGACUGGCUGGCGACCCCCCGGGAGGUGGAGGACGGCGGCCGUGAAGCCGCCGAGAACCCCGGACCCCUCUUCUCGCCUUUCCACGACGUCUUCAGCGUCGGCGACUGGCUCCUCAAGCCCGACUCCUGCACCAACUGCCGCGGCAGCCGGCCCAGAGCCGUCGAGAUCGAAAACCUGGGGGUUUUGAAGUGCCUGAGCGAACACCUGGAGGGGAAGAAGCCCGGCCCGACCCCCGGCCCGUCCGCCGAGGCCUGGCUGCUCCAGCAACCCCAGGCCCCCCUUAAGGUGGAGGAGGUAUGCAGAGCUAACGAGACCUGCGGGAGCUUUUCCGAGUGCGUGUGUGAGGAGAAAUGCGAGAAGGAGGCCCUGGAUAAGUGGCUCCUGAGGAAGAAGGGGAAGGAUAAAAACGGCGUGGCCCGGGACCCGGCCGGGAGCCCGCGGGGCGCCCCGGAGAAGCCGGACCCCGCUGCCGACCGGUGGCUCCGCCCCUCCGGGCAGCAGGCGGAGGAGCAGAGGCCCGGGGCCUCCAAGUCCCCCGCUCCCUCUUGGAUUCCCGAGACCUUCUGGGACGCCCCCUUGUCCUACUGGCUCGUCAAGCCCAGAGGUCCCGGGGCAGUCUCCCGGGAGGCCGCCGUCGGGGAAGAGAAAGCGAGCUGGGAGACGGCCUCCUCGGCCAAGGGAACGGCCCCCGGCUCUCUGGCGUCCUGGCGACUGCCGGCCGAGGACACGGGCGGAACCGACCGGUCCUCCGCGGACGCCAAGUGGAUCCUCAGCAAGAAGACCCAGGAACUGUUGGAACAAACGUUUCCUCCGGCAGUUUGCGAUCUCUUUGCCUGUAUGCAACUCAAAGCUGACAAGGAAAAGUGGUUGUACCGAACCCCUCUCCAGAUGUGAAGCGGAGGACACAGCUAGAGUCAAGCUACCUUCCUGCUGCCCGCCGCACAUCCGUGAUCGGAGGGACUGCGGCCCACCUGCUGCCGUGUCAUUGUUUCUGGCUCUGACUAGUCUUUGUUUUCCUUUGCCUUUCCAAACCUGGAACCACCAAAAAGAGACGCAUCAGUUCCGUGUUACCGAAUUAGUUCCUUGCUGCCCAACUGUGUCAGAGAGAAGAGCUCAGUGGUUCAAGUGAUGCUGAGAUGAAGAUGAAGGAACAGAAGCGUCCCGGUAGCCUUUGCAGGAAAAAGUCUUUUUACGGCCUUUAGCUUGUGGGGUUAUUGGGGUCCUGGCAAGCAUCUUAAAGCACAAUGCAGUUUCACGGUGAAAUAUCUCAAGUCGAAACCUGCUUUCUCUUUCGAAGUAUUUGCAACUCUCGUGGCUCUCCUGCUUUAUCUCGCCCCAAGUUCCUUCCAGAGAGGUCAGCCAUAAUGCUCUCUUAAUUGGGCGGACCGUUGGCCAUAUAUCACGCCGGGGUUUGGUUUGGUUCCCGUGGGUGCGCGGCCGACCGUGGCAGAUUAUUAGGUCCAGUGUACUGAAGGUGCACCCUGGGUGUGGGAAACUUCGGAACGCGUGGCUUUUCACCUCCCUUCCUUCAUCCUGCGCCCCGUUCCAGACUACUUCCCUUCUUCUCAAAGGUAGUUCAGCCGAAUGCACAUUUUGCCCUCAUUUGCUAUCAGGAUUUUGGAGCCAUCAGAUGAGCCCCUCAUCCCUGGCUUUGGUUCGGGCAAGGAGCCCAGCGCGGUCGUCCACGGGCUGAGCGCCGACUGAACGUUUUAAGACUAGAAAGGGCUCGCUGAGGAUUUCAGUCCUUGCUUAAUUAAGUGAACUAGGUUCGCUUUUUAUCCAGUUGGAGUCACUGAAGCUAAAGAAGCUGUCUUUUGACAUCCGUUACAAUAACAGAGAGAUCUAUAUUUAGUACUUGAACUACUAAAAGAGAUGAUGGGUGCAUUCUGUGGGUCAGGAAUCCGUAUACUGCCGCACCGGUCCUGACCUUUUCAGCUGGGGACAACUUACUGUUUCCACUGCAGUCAUGAGCAUAUGCAUACCUCUUAAAUAUAAUUAUUAUUUAAGCCUUUUGUGACAUUUUAUGAAAUAGGUUGUUGAGCGAGUGUGCCUUAGGUUCUUUUAAUCUUAUGAGUUGAGUGAAUCUCCCCCAUUUUAACGAAGCUGUUCCCUAAUUUCUCUUCAAUUAACUGUGAGACUCUGAAACCUUAAAGCUACUCAAGAGCUAAAGCCUUUUCUCCUUCUGUGGAGUUGGAUUCUGGGAAUCUUGGACGUAGCCAAGUUUGCCCGAAAACUCGAUUGGGUGAAAGCUGAAGGGAUGGGAGCUGAGGAGGCAGGGAGCUCUCACCCGUGGUGCUGGGAGGUGCGCGCACACUCCGUAAGGGCUUUUAAAGUAGCGGACCACUUUCUAUUCCCCUUAACAUUUGAAUGGAAGAACAGCCCGAAACCGAUCGGAUAGGAUGCUUCUCGACGACCCCCCCCCCCCCCCCCCCCCCGGGGUCCGUACUGUCGUCCAAGUCAGAGCCUGCCCCCAAGUCUUCCUACUUGGGUCAAAUCUAAUGUGUGGUAGAAUCUCUUCAUUUCAGCAUCCCUUUAGGCUAUUAGAAAUUGUCUAGCAUUUGUCUACUCUAUGUAACUUAACCCAGUGUUAUCUUCUUGUUGACUUUUAAUACGCUAAUUAGCCUGUAAAGCAUUGUUUGCGGUAAUGCAUUUUAUACGACUGCUGACUUCCCCAUUAAACACAGCAGCCACAGA